AAAAAAAAAAAAAAAAAAAAAAAAAAAAAAACAUGUUUGAAGGAGUACCAGACCAAUUUCACCAAUUCAUAGCUUCAAGAACUUCACUUCCUCUACCUCUUUCUUUCCAACCUAUUCAUGGCUCCUCUGUUGCUACUACCAAUACUAGUACUAACUUUACCCCUACUUUUGAUCCUUAUAGUAGCACCACUUCUCAUCAAUUGCAAGUGCAACCCAAUUUCUUGCACACAUUGCACCAUGUUUCGCAACCCACUGCCAAAAAUGAAGACAAGGAACAGAAUAACAUGGUGGCUACUAUGGAUUUGGAGAUUGAAAGAGAGAGAUCGAUACACCAAUCCGUCGAUCCGUGGUCUAAUGAUGAAGUGCUUGCCCUAUUGAGGAUCAGAUCUAGCAUGGAAAAUUGGUUCCCUGAAUUCACUUGGGAACAUGUAUCAAGGAAACUAGCAGAGCUUGGGUUCAAAAGGAGUGCUGAAAAAUGCAAGGAGAAGUUUGAAGAAGAAAGCAGAUACUUCAACAACAUUAACUAUUCCAAGAAUUAUAGGUUUUUUGGUGAGCUUGAAGAAUUAUAUAACAAUGGUGAUGAUACUAAUAAUAAUAGUCAAAGCUACCCUCAAGAAAAUAAUUUAGCAACAGCAGGAAAGAACAAGAAAAUGGACAAGCUAGCCAGUGAAGAAGAAGAAGACAAGAUUGAUCAUGAGAAGAACAUGGAAGAAGAUUCAAGAAUUGAUCAAACAGUAGGAAAUCCAACUGAAGAUAAUGAUAAUAAUGAUGAGGGAAAGGAAAUUGAGAAAUCCAAGAGCAAGAAAAGGAAAAGAAGACAUAAAAAAUUUGAGAUGUUUAAGGGUUUUUGUGAAGAUAUUAUAAGGAGAAUUAUGGUUCAACAAGAAGAAAUGCAUAAUAAGCUUCUCGAAGAUAUAGCGAAGAGAGACGAAGAAAAGAUAGCAAGAGAAGAAGCUUGGAAAAAACAAGAAAUGGAAAGAAUCAAAAAAGAACUUGAAAUUAGGGCACAAGAACAAGCUCUUGUUGGCGAUAGACAAGCAAAAAUAAUCAAUUUCUUGAAAAAAUUCUCAUCGUCAUCAACUUCUUCUGAUUCUAUUGAAAUUCUUGGAGAGACGACUACUUCAUCUUCAAUGGUGAUACCCAAAAACCCUAAUAAACAAAUUAGCAAACCUGAAACACCCAUAUCAACUACCAUAGCUUUAGGCCAUCAAACAAAUCCUGUGAUUAUAUCUAAAAACCCUAGUUCAUCUUCUACACUCUCUCACCCUCCCCAAAACUCUAUUUUCCUCAAUACCCAAAGCAAACCAUCAAUGCCCAUUUCAUUAUGGACGGAAAUAGCGCAAAGAAAGCCUUCACCCAGUAAUAAGGAAGAUCUUGGUAAGAGAUGGCCAAAAGAUGAGGUAUUAGCAUUGAUAAACCUAAGGAGCAGUUUUUAUAAUAAUAAUAUUAAUGAAGAAAAGGAAACAACAGUAAAGGCUCCUCUAUGGGAAAGAAUCUCUCAAGGGAUGUUAGAGUUGGGUUAUAAAAGAAGUGCAAAGAGGUGUAAAGAGAAAUGGGAAAAUAUAAAUAAGUAUUUUAAAAAAACUAAGGAUGUUAACAAGAAAAGAUCUGUUGAUUCUAGGACAUGUCCAUACUUUCAUCAAUUAAGCACAUUGUAUAAUCAAGGAUCACUUGUAAUAACAUCUUCCGACGGCGUCCAAAAGCGAUCCGUGGCAGCUUCACCGGAAAACCACUCGUCGGACGCAGGUGGUGGGCUGAUCAGUUCCUCCCAAAAUGGUUCUAGUAAUUCAGCAAUGCAUGUUGUUGAAGGUGAGAAACAUGAUCUUGAUUUUGAAUUCUAAUUGAUAUUAAUUUUUGCAAUGUUUAUUUGGGUGUGUUCUUUCAUUAAUAAUGAACUAAUAAGAGGUUAAUUUUUCCAAUUUUUUAA